AAAAACCGCAAAGAAUUUUCUCGCAGCAGCUAUUUUUCUGGAAUUAUUAAAAAUAUUUGGGGAAUUAAGUUCUGAAAAUCAGGAAAAAAUCAAAUAUUCAAAAUGGAAAGCAACUCAAAUUAUAAAAGCAUUGAAAGAUGGUCAAAUUCCUACACCUGGUCCUCCUGGAGGUGAAGCAGAUUCUCUAUCAGAUGAAUCCGUUGAUAAUAUUCCUGGCAUUGACCAGCUUCCUUCGGAUACUUCAUUAGAUAGUUCAACGAUAGAUUCUCAAUCACCCUUUCCUACAUAUCAUUCAACACCAAAUUCUGUUUAUCAUAAUGUUUCUCCUCCAAAUUCAGAUUUACACUCUGGUGUUCAUGAUUUGACUUCAUCUUUAAAUCAAAUGGAUUUAAAUAAUAAUCAACAAAUACCGCCAAAUAUUCCACCUAAAGAAUCUCAUCAUAAUAAUCAACAAUUUAUGGGUUAUUCGAAAUCAUCAUUACAAUCUCAAAAUUAUGUUGAUAUUGAUCCAAAUACUGUAUCUCAAGCUCAAAAGCAUUGUAAAUGGGCCAUAAGUGCAUUAAAUUAUAAUGAUGUUAAAACUGCCGUAGAGAAUAUUCAAAAAACAUUAGCAAUGUUAGAACCAUAUAAUCAAUAA